GAGCGCCUCUCGCCCGGCCAGCGCGCCGCCUUAACGGGAGGAGGGGCUCCUCGGGGGGCUGUCACUCUCCUUAAGCCUUUCCUUUCAAGCUUUGAAUGUGAGCUGCCCUCCGGCCCCCCUCUCUCCUUCCCUCCCUCCAGCACAUCGUAAAGAGAAGGAGGGGGGAAAGAAAAAGGUUUCAACAACAGGCUGGGCCAAUGGCAAGUGGCGAGGCAGGGAAAGGGGGCCGAGCGAAAGGAGAAAAAAGUGGAGAAAGAGAGAAAGAGAGCGAGAGAGCGCAGGCUGGGGGGGAAUGUGUAAAAGAAGAAGCGUUGCUAAUUUUUUUUGUUUGUUUGCUUUUCCAUGCAUGCAUAAUGGAGCCUAAUCAGAGCACAUUGCUGCUGCUCGGAGGGCACUUUUGUAUUUAAAGCCUUUGAAAGAAAAAAAGAUCCACAGACGGAUCCGCAGAGCAGCUUGCAGGGCGUGUUGACAACAGAAGCAGCAUCAGUCGCCCAGACAGAAAGAGACCGCGAAGGCUGCCUCUUCUCCUUUCCCCGUGCUCUCGUCUUGCUAGCGGGGAGAGACGUUUUUUCUCCUCGCCACCCUAAAGCGCGACCAGUACCGAGACGGAGUGAGCGGAACCGGGACUGUAAAUGGGAUCGGAGCGGCUGGCAUGUGCAGAGAUGCUUCGAGCGGAGAGUUAAAAGCGCCCGAGCAGGCAGUAGCAGCUGGGCAUUUACUUUGUGGAGGGGGAAAAAAAAAAGGCACGGAACUCCAUGAAGAGCAGGACAGCACUAUGAGCUCUCCCGGCGCAACCUGCAAUUCCCCGAGUGCAAUCCGGAUCCACUGUCGUCCGAGCCCCUGUUUGCUCUGACUGGCCCCCGCACCUCUCCGGGCGCCUCCGCCGCCGCCGAGCCGAGCCGGGAACACGGGGAGGUGGGCACAAGACGGCCCCGGACGCCUGCUUCGUACCCACGGCUUCAGCUCCCGGGGGCCGGAGAGCCCCGGGCCCGGCGUGCAUGGAUUGAUGCGAGACCUCAUGCACACAGCCGGCGGGAGUUUUGGAAACUUUUCCACGGGCUGCAGCUCCUUCUCCUCCUCCUCUUCCUCCUCCUCCUCUUUCUCCUCGUCUACUAGUGCCUCUUCCCCGCUCGCCCGCGGCUGCAGCCGCCACCCCCGUCCGCAAUGGUGGCCCGCUCGCCCGCUCGGCACGGAGGCGGCAGGCGGCGGUGGCCGCGGGCGGCCGCCUGGCUGUGGCUGGCGGCGGCGCUGGGCGCAGUGUGGCCGCCGCGGGGCUCGCUGGUGCUGGGCCGGCGGCUGAUCUGCUGGCAGGCGGUGCUGCAGUGUCAGGGGGAGCCCGAGUGCAGCUACGCGUACAACCAGUACGCCGAGGCGUGCGCCCCGGUACUCCUGCAGCAGCAGCCGGCGGCGGCGGGCGGCGGCGACAGCCCGACGGGCGCUGCAGGCGCAGCCGCCCCCUCCAGGCGGCGGUGCCCCAGCCACUGCAUCGCGGCGCUCAUCCAGCUCAACCACACCCGGCGCGGCCCUGCGCUGGAGGACUGCGACUGCGCGCAGGACGAGAACUGCCGCGCCACCAAGCGCGCCAUCGAGCCCUGCCUGCCCCGCACCAGCAGCCCCGCGGGCAGUGGUCCCGGCGGGUCCGGCCCCGGUGGCCCCGGCGUCAUGGGCUGCACGGAGGCGCGGCGGCGCUGCGACUGGGACAGCCGCUGCAGCCUGGCGCUGAACCGCUACAUGACCUACUGCGGGAAGUUGUUCAACGGGCUGCGCUGCACGCCCGAGUGCCGCGCUGUCAUCGAGGACAUGCUGGCCGUGCCCAAGGCCGUGCUGCUCAACGACUGCGUCUGCGACGGGCUGGAACGGCCCAUCUGCGAGUCGGUCAAGGAGAACAUGGCACGCCUUUGCUUCGGCGCCGACAUGGGCGGCAACAGCGCGGGCAGCAGCGGCGGCUCGGACGGCGGCCUGGAGGAGUACUACGACGAGGACUACGAGGAGGAGCCGAGCCAGAAGGGGAGGGACGACGCGGAGGACAAUGCCGGCGCCGAUCCCGGCUUCCCAGUGCAGGCGGAUAGCGCUGGCCUGCCUGCCGCGGCGGCCGCGGCGCUGCUCGCCUCCGUCUUGCUGCCCCUGCUGCCGCGGCUCUAGUAUCCCUCCCUCCCUUCCCGCAUCCUUCCCUGCCUCCCUCUGUCCCUGACUGUCUCCACCACUGCCUCCCUCCGUCCCCACCGCCGGGCCGGGCCGGGCCAGGCCCCCCGCGCCGAGCCGCCGCGGGCCUCCAGUCGAACGCUCCCGCGGCGGCCGGGGAUCCGGCCGGCGGGGCCCCUCGGCGCGGAGCGGUUAUAAACGCUCCGGCCGUGGAUCUCCUGACCCAUCGCCCCGGCGCCCCGUCCCUCCGUGUCUCCCCCUCUGCCUCCGCUGCUGCCUGCCGCCCCCCUCCGGCCCCUUGCCCCGGCCCAGCCCUGCGAGUCGGUGGCUGGAGCGGUGGCCGUGGCGCAGGGGCCGCUUGUGUUUCGGGUGUUGGUCUCUCUCGAGUGUGCACUAUGCAAUUGCUGCCACCCUGCCUUCGUGUUACCAGCGAGCGGAGCGGCUGACAGAGACUGCGAGCGAGGCCGCAGAGCCGUAGCACGCUGGUAGUGAGAGUCUUUUAAGAGUUUUGACAUGAAGGUUAGUAAGAGGAGAGCAACCCAAACUUGCUGCCAAAGCGUUGCCGUACUGAUCAGUCAGCAACUUGACUAUCAUUCGCCGCGUCUCGCUCUUCAUGAUGCCGUGGUGCCUGAAGGGGGUUUACGCCGCAUCUGCCAUUAAUUAAAUUUAGGGAAAUAGCAGACUGAAUAAAUUCGGUGGUUUACAGCACUCACUCUUGCACACACAUCUUCCCUAUAACAAAAGCGUACCAGCAGCCAUCUCUUCCUCUGUAACCUAGCGACAUUAAAAAAAUAUUUUUUUUCAGAGUUGUUGGCCAUACUGAACAAUGCAACUUUUGUUUUAAAAGAGCUCUGCACUGCCAUCUUUGAAAGACACUUUUAAACUCGAGAACAUGUGUGUACAAAUAUCCUGAAAAGUUUUAUUGCCUCGUCGUAUCAGGGUGCUGACCUCUGGUAAAUCUUAUAUAAAAGAAGUAUUUAAAACUGGGAUUUGUUACCAGUCGCUGUUCAUUGUAUAUAGAAUUCUAUAAAUUGUAUGCUUUGGGGAUAAUUUAUUUAAAAAAAUAAUAAAAAGUUUUAAUUCUGCAUCCUAUUUGCCAGAUAGCUGCAUUUGCUACUCGUUUCUGAGAAGGUACAGGUUUUGUUUUAUGUUUAAAGGGAUACCAGCAACACUGAUUAAGUGAAUUAUUUUCUAGAACAUCAAAUGUACAGUGUAUUUUACAGAUUGAAAGUUAACUUUCUUAUUUGAAGAGACUUUAUGAACGUGUUAGAAUUGUAUGAACGCAUUUCUGAGCUGCCUUAAACCUUGUAUUUUUUAUAGGAGGUGUAAAAAAGGCCUGUGUUUUAAAUAUGUAUGGCUUUUUGUAUUUUUUAAACGUGUAAAUUAGUAAAGAAAGAGCUUUAAAUAAUGGAUGCGGUUAAAUUGUUUUCCAGGGACACUUGAACUCUCAGAACCCGAGGUUGGGGGGGAUGGGAGGAAGCGGGAGUUGAACUACAGAAUAACAGACCAAAAAACACUCAACAAACAAAAAUUCUCUGUUUGCCUGUAAUACUUUACAUGGAUGUAAAUUACUGCUAUUCUUACUUUAAUGAAUAAUUACAUGCAAAAAGUAAAUACAGCUUUGAAAGUACUACUUUAAA